AUGGCGCUUUCUCACCCUCUUGAUCUCUCCAACCCAUUUCCCCCCUCGCUAUUAUCAUCCUCUUCUACCCCUCUCUCUCCCACCCCUCCCUCUCCCACCCCUCUCUCUCCCACCCCUCCCUCUCCCACCCCUCUCUCUACCAACCCUCUCUCCCACCCCUCCCUCUCCCACCCCUCCCUCUCCCACCCCUCUCUCUCCCACCCCUCGCUCUCCCACCCCUCGCUCUCCCACCCAUCGCUCUCCCACCCCUCGCUCUCCCACCCCUCUCUCUCCCACCCCUCGCUCUCCCAACCCUCGCUCUCCCACCCCUCGCUCUCCCACCCCUCGCUCUCCCACCCCUCGCUCACCAACCCAACUCCUCUCAUGCUGACCUUCCCACCGCUGCUGCUGCGCGCAAUCAUCCCAGGUGCUGCCCCGCACGCCACUGCCCCGCUGCUCCACUGCCCCGCUGCUCCACUGCCCCCGCUGCUCCAUUGCCCCGCUGCUCCACUGCCCCGCUGCUACACUGCCCGUGUCACUCAAGCCUCACUACCCACCCCUACUGCCACAACGAGUGGCUGCGCGCUCAAGCACAGCGAUGCUCUCUGCCGUUCCCAUCUGCUCUGCUGUGCCCUUCUGUCCCUGCCUCAUUUCUUCCUCCUCGUCUCUCGCCCCUCCCCGGCACGCGCCUCCCCUGCACGCCCCUCCCCUGCCCACCAGGUGUUGGACAAGGAGGUCGGCUACUGCCAGUUUGCAUCCUCUAGCCCUCUCCCCCUCCCCUUGCCCUUCCUCCUCCCUUUCUUUCCCCCUCUUCCCCUGCCCUCUCUCCCUCCCCUUGCCCCCUCUCUCUCCCUUCUUCGUCAUUUAUUUAUCUUCCAAUGGCUCUUUCACUUCUCACCGUGUAAUCCUUUGAGCACGCUUUCACACGCCUCGUCUUCCUCAUGUACCGCUGCGGCCGUCCGAGGGGUCUUCCUGCCCGACAUGCAGCAGGUGGGGCUUUAA